GGCCCCGCCCCCGCCAUGCGCCAGGUCCCGGCCGGGCCGCGCCGCCCGCGGGCCGCGGGUUCGAGUCCGGCUGCGGUACCGGGGCCGCUCCCGGUGCCGGUACCGGGCCCGGGCCGCUGCCGGGGGCUCCUCCCGCGGCCCCCGCGCCCGGCGCGGCCGCUGCUGCCGCUGCUGGCGCUGCUGGCGGCCGCCGCCGUGCUGUUCCUCGCCUGGCCCGGCGGGGAACGCGGAACAGCCGGCCCGGCCGCCCCCGGCCCCCCCCCGGAGCGAGCCCUGCGGACCCUCCUGGCCCGGCUGGACCCCGCCCGGCUCUGGGGGUCCCUCCUGCGGCCCCUCCUGCACGAGAGGGUCCCGGGGGGCCCCGGCAGCCGCGCGGCCCGGCAGCACAUCCUGGCCCACCUGCGCUCGCUGGGCGCCCGCUGGCACCUGGAGCUGGACACCUUCGAGGCGGCCACGCCCCGCGGGCAGGUGACCUUCAGCAGCGUGGUGGCCACGGCGGCGCCGGCGGCCGCGCGGCGCCUGGCGCUGGCCUGCCACUACGACACCAAGGCCGUGGCCAGCGGGCCCUUCGUGGGGGCCACCGACGCCGCCGUGCCCUGCGCCCUCCUGCUGGAGCUGGCCGCCGCGCUGGACCCGCACCUGCGGCGGCGCAGGGGGCAGGACCCCCCGGUGACGCUGCAGCUGCUCUUCCUGGACGGGGAGGAGGCGUUCGGGGACUGGAGCGCCACCGACUCCCUGUACGGGGCGCGGCACCUGGCGGCCAAGAUGGCGGCGCGGGGCCACCCCGCGGGGUCAGAGGUCACCGCCAUGAGCCUGCUGGUGCUGCUGGACCUGCUGGGCGCCCCCAGCCCCGCCAUCCACAGCCACUUCCCCCGCAGCCACCACUGGUUCCUGCGCCUCGCCAGCAUCGAGCAGCGGCUGCGCCGCCUGGGGCUGCUGCACGCGGCGCCGCCGGAGCCGCCGUUCUUCCGCCUCAGCCCCGCCCCGGGGCCCGUCGAGGACGAUCACGUGCCCUUCCUGCAGCGAGGUGUCCCGGUGCUGCACCUGAUCCCGACGCCGUUCCCGCGGGUGUGGCACACGCCGGGGGACACCGAGGACAAUCUGCACCCCCCGACCGUGCAGGACCUGGCCAAGAUCCUGCUGGUCUUCGUGGCCGAGUUCCUGCAGCUCUGACCCCCCACCCCAAAAAAAAACCAAACCUGGGACCCCCGAAAAAAACCCCAAAUAAACCCCAAAACCA